AAUUUUUGCAGUCUCAGUUCGAUCGCGGUGUCGCGCGCACUUGUUUUCCAACUCAUACCUACCUACCUGGUGUGCGGUGUGUAUGGUUGUCCCUUUGGUUCUCUCGUUUGUGGUGUUUGUUUUUCAGAUUGUUUGUGCUUUGUUGGGCGGUGUGUUUAUCGGUCGAUUCCUGGAUCUAAACGAUCAAUUAAAAACGACCGAUCAGUUGAAAGAUUGAAAUUUUCAUUUGAUUUUUUUCGAAGGAUUUUUUCCGUUUGUCAACCGUAUGCUGAAACGACUUUCGAUUUUCGAAUUCUGAAUGCUGAUCAAUUGAGCAAUUUUCAUCGAUCGGGACUAGAUCGAUUACCAUCUGUGCGAUCACCUGUGACAGUGAUCGCCCGUAGUGAAUAAGUGACGAACCUCGAAACGAAACGAAAACACAGGUGUCCGGAGGAGAGUGAGCAGUGAAUAAAUUAACGACCUUUCCGAAGUAAAGUGAGUGUGUUUGUGUUUGGAGGAGCGAAUCGCAUAGAUCACCUUUGCGCACGAACGGAUUCGAGUGCCAUUGAAGCCGGUGGCGAUGGAAUAAACAGGCGCAGAAGUUGUGUUUGCUGAUUUGUGUGUGAUAUCGAAAAUUUUAAUUCCCAUAAGUUUAAAAGUGCCUUGAACCCCCCGUAAUCGGUUGUCUUGUCAGGCUGAAGUGGAAAAUUGAAUGACAAACAGAAAAUUUUGACGAGCCUGUCCGAGUGCCAAAUCGAAUCAAGAUAAGCAGAGCGAUAAAUUGCCACUGGAAGAAAAAGGAGCGUGUUAUCAAGAAGAAAACAUUAGUGUCGCAAACGUUGCCGACUUCAAAGGAGAAUAAACAAUAACAACAUUCUGGAAAUACCCACACCACUGUCGGACUGUGGUCAACAUCUUAUUUCGAUUCGGUUCUUUAUGACUUCGCAUUUUUUCGGAACUGGAUACUAUCGCUAAUAAACAGAUUGGCCCAUCCUGCUACCAUAAACGACCGCCGCCACCAACUAUACUGAGUACCUGGAACAUAAAAGUCUGAUUGAAGCUAGUGAUUAGGAGCGAAGCAAGUUUCCCUUUCCAGAGAUCCCGCUAUAUUGGCUAUUGACUAUCGUAGUUUAGAUUAUUUUGUACAGUUACGAAUUAGUUUCUCAAGCCUUACCCGUAGUCGUAGGCCUAUAAAACCUUUAGCCAAAUAUGAGUCCACCGCCGUUUCCCGCGCAAAAUUUGUCGCUAUGAGUAGAAGCAGGUGCUUUGCUGCCAUUCUGGGUUCAGAAUGACGGAUGUUGCCUACCCGAUCGCACCGAUUCCCCCAGUUUCGAUCGACCCAAAGUCGAAAAUCACCCCCACCGUCGUCACGGGCGACGACGCGCAAGGGCCACCACCGCCUCCGCGUACGGUGUCCUUCAAUCGGGACGUGCAUGUCAAAAGAAUUGGAUCUCGUUCGGAGCCACGAACCUUUCCUACCAAUUCGAACGUCCGUAAAGAACCUCAGAACUUAUCAGCGGAAGCACUUCGCAGAGAAGCUGAAUUUGUACUAGCACAGGCGGAUCGCUUGGAUCGAGCACGAUCACGCAGCAACAGCAUCAGCAAGGACGACAAGUUCAACUCGUUGCCAUCGAGGAAAUCUCGGGGGAAGACUACUCUUACACGAAGUUCUAGUGACGCUUCGUCCAAGAAACCUCAGAAAAAUCUUUUGCACUUGUUCAACAAGACCAAGCAUGACAGUUCUGUGAAAUCUACAAAUCUUGAAGAGAAGCCACGGAUUACCGUCAGCCGCAGCAAAAGUGACGUUGGUCAAGCUCUUCGACAGGUGAGAGAUCGCCGAACACCUCGACGAAACACUCAGGAGCUGAAAAAUGAUCCACUAACUCCGAUCAUCGAAGCUUCCCCUGUGGAAUACACCAAACCAGUAGAUCCUCUUACCGCGUACGCACAGCAAAAUAAACCUUCCGCAGAUAGCCAGGACUUGAACAUCUCCACGAGCCGACCCACGUCCAAGCCUGUAAUGGACACGAUCGCUCUCCUGCGACAAAAUUCGAAAUCCCAGGAACGUCUACACAGCUCUCAGCUACCACCAGAUAAGCCCAAUCUUACCAAAGGCGUCACCGUAGAGAACAUCGUCAAACGUCUGUCCACCGAACGCCAUACAUCUCCACCUCCUGCGCAGAUUGUUCGUGACGGUUUCUCCUACACUCGUCCAGGCGAACCCAUUGUCUACGCCCAGGUCGUAUGCAACAAUGACAGCAAGGAAAAGCACACCGUACGCAACCAAUAUCUAGCCAACACCAGCGACGAAGACAUGAAGAAAUCUAGUCCAAUCGAUCUGGACCUUCUGGACAGAAUGGCAACCAAGGAGUACCUCGCCAUGAAACGUCCAAGCCCACCGUUGCCCAAGUACACCCUGGACGAAACGGACAACUUCCCUCGGACCAAGCUGAAGCCCUACAACAGCGAUGAGGACGAAGGCCUCGGCAUAGACUACAGCAAACGCUUCUCAACGUCCUACCUCAAGACGACCACCACAACGGCAGCGGACUCGUUCACAAACUCGGACGAAGAUCACAUCACUCCCACCGUCAAGUACACUCCUCCGUACGUAGGUCACAACUACAGUGCUAGCUAUCGUGGCCAAGCGGAUGGCAAGGAGUACUUCCCGGAGUUCCACGAGCUCAGUCAACGACGGGAGAUUCUCGAAUCACGCAUACGUAACCGGAUCGGUUCUAGGGAAGUGCUUGACUUGGGCUCGCCCGAUCGAGACACUGGCAGACGUGGAAGUGCUUCACGAUACGAGAAUUACCAUCGGACCGGUCGAAGGAGUUUGGAUCGCAUGGCAAGUGCUUCGCCGGUGCGGCGUAGCACUUUGUCACCUCCUCCGGUACACCAGGAAGACUUGACGCAUCGAAGAAAUUCCAGCAACCAGUACGUGGAAUCGUUCGUGACCAAGACGGUAGUGAAUCGCGACGGACGCCCGUACUCGGAGGAAUACGUGGAGCGUUUCAAGUAUCCAAGCAGGAAUUUGGAGGACGUACGGACGACGAGAACGACGUUCGAGCGAGAUGGGUCCGUUGAGCGGACCGAGGUGAAGAACUUCAAGCGGAACUUGGGAGAGAAGAGUCACUCCCGGACCGUGAUGGACAAGGGUGACUCCGGGAUCGAGAACGACUUCCGGAAGGAUUCGUUGAACAGCGAGUUUCCGACGGGGAGGAAGUACACGAUGGCGCAGAACAUCCACGCUUGUGAGAGUUUCUUGCGCCAUGAACGGAACCACACCAAUGGUUGCUUGCGGAAGCCGAAGCGGACGUAUUCGUACCGCGAGCGGAGUAUCGAUGACGGCAGUCGAUUCGAUCCACGGUUAGACGACUACCCAGAUUCAGGGCGGGGCUACCAAAAGGAGCUGAAGUCGUCGAUGAAGCAGGAGAAGAAAACUGGAGGUUUAGCGAAGGUUAAACAGUUCAUGAGUUCGACGAAAAAGAAACUGGUCAGGAUGGGAGAAUCGGACAAGAAGGACUCAAGGCAGAGCAGCAUUCGUAGCGAUGAACGAUCGCGAUACGAUGAGCAGUACCAUUCAAAGGUCCCAGACAUUGCCAACCGCCGGCGGUUGUCCACCCCGAAGUCUAGUCCUUCGACGACGAAGCGUUCGCUGUCGUUCAAAAGCACCACCAAAACCGGCGAAUCCUCGAAGGCAUCCCGUACGGAUUGGUUCAAAUCGUUCGACAGAUUGUCCCGUAAGAAACCGCAGGAGCCUGCCAAAUCACAGUUUGGUGGAAGCGACAUGAAGUCGUCCUCCGCUGGAGGAACCAAGCAGCAGAAGAACUUGCGGUUCUUCGGCGAUACCGAUACGGAGUAUGCCAGUAUGCCUCCCUCCCGACCUAGUCGCUCCAAGUCUUCGUUGUCGAAGGUGGAUAAGAGAUACCAGAGCGCUUACGAUUUGGAAGCGACACCAAAGAUCCGCGAAACGCGAAAUCGUUCGACCUCAAUGCAGAACCUAGAUGAGGAGGAUCGUCGAAAUGAAUCCAAACGAAAAGACCUGUACGACAUUUCGGAGUAUUCGACGAGCUACCGGACGCAAUCUCCGUCACCAAGCUAUCCGGUUCGGCGACAGCACAGCAUGAACCGGGACUACACACCGGAUAGAUCCCUCACCCUCAACAGGAAGAGCUAUAGCCGUUCGCGGGAGAACAGCGUCGAUCGUGUCGAAGGCGAACGCUACCAGCGAUCGAGCCGAAGCCGCAGCGAACAGCAGAACAGGAAACCUCCGUCCGGUCCGCAGAAACCAGCCCGUAGCUUCGAACGGAGAGGCAGCUUGACCAGGGAAAUGGAUCGAAUCCAAGACAGCUCCGGAACCGAGGGAGAAUCUAGUCAACAGAGUCAGCGAAGUGUGGUGUUCCUGCAUGCGACCACCGUUGGUGACAUUCCCCACCCGCACAUUGCCAACGCCCACCGAAUGGCGUACUCCCGCGAGUCGUUGAACAGCUCCAACAACAAGAAGGUCCAGCCGAUGACCCGGACGGUGUCGCGAUCGGUAUCGGUGCUGGCCCCGUGGAAACCGAAGCACAUCCGCGACGGAUACGAAAUCAACUACCACAACGAUCAGCAGCCGGUGGUGAAACCGAUCUCAACUCUACCGCGGCCGCUGAGGAAUCGCUCCUCGAGCCAGUCUACGCUGAGCCGAACUAAGCAGAAGACCCGCCGAAGCCAUACCGGAUCCAAGGACGAUCUGGACUCGGACAAGAGUUCUUCGUUCGACAAUUCGCGCAGUGCGCACCGGACACAGGAGAGCGGUGGCGGACACACGACGCAUUCGCUACCGAGGCGAUCGCGGGAUGGCGCGACGAGCGCCGGAAGCUCGAAGACUAACACCCUUCAGAAACAUCGGAGGAAUUAACGAGACAUUCUAAAACACGCCACGUUGUCUAGUAGUUCGCAACAGGGCUUCACGAUGAAUUGAAUAUAUUUAUUUGUGCCUGCAAAUUUGUUCGAGUGAUGUUUGAUUUUGGUCCUGGAGAUUAGAAAGUAGUCAACAAUUGUAUCGUAACAAAACUGGAAAAUUAGACGCAAUGAAUAUUAACGUUUGUUUCGGACGAGGAAAUCUAACUAGAGAGCGAAAUAAUUGUACUAAAAUGGAAUAAAAUUUUGAAUAAAGAACUCGAUUUGUCACGACUAAA